GGUGGUAGUUCUUACCUUGGAGCAUUAGAAUUAUUAUAGUUCUGUAGUGACAAUGAAGUCACUAAUUCUUUUUGUCGCUUUGGCUCAUGCCGUCUUCAUAAUUCAUUCAGCUGAACUUCCAAAUAAGGAACUCAAAAUAUCUGCAACCGUGGACAAGAACAUACCCACAGAUGGAUCUUCAUCAUCACUAACCGCUGAUGCAAGUAUCAGCUUUGGAAAAUCGAAUACAAAAGGAGAAGAUGACGAUGAAGAAUACGACGGAAGUGAUAAUGCUGGGAAUGAUGAAUAUAAAUACAAAUUAACCAAGAAGCUCGUAAAUAGUUGUCAAUAUAGUAAGAAUUAUAAAGACAAAACAAAUUAUGAAGAUUGUGGUUGUAAAUAUUAUGAAAGUGAGGAGGAUAACAAUGAGUAUAAAGGCUAUAAUAGUGAUGAAGAUACUUGUGGUUGUCAAGACAAUGAAGACAAUGAAGACGAAGAAGAAGAAGAGGAAGAGUACGAAAGUGAAGAGUUUGAGUCCUCUGAGGAAAUUAAAAAGUACAAGUAUUCAAAAUAUAACGACGACAAUAGUAACGAUAGUGAUAAUAGUGAUGACAGUGAGGACAGUGACGACAGCGAAGAUUCAGAAGAAUACAAGAAAAAGAAGGAUAAAAAAAAGAAAGGUACAAAAAAUGUAAGAAGAAAAAACAAAAAAACAAAAAAUUGUAGAUUUAAAAGAAGAAAUCAAAGAGAAAAAGAAUGAUUUGAAAGAGAAAAAAGAAGAACUCAUAGAUGCCUUGAAGGAAAAAAAGAAAGAUCUGAUAACUGAUUUGAAAGAAAAAAAAGAAGAUCUCAAAGAUGAUUUGAAAGAGAAAAAAGAUGAGCUUAAAGAUGUUCUGAAAGAGAAAAAGGAAGAUCUCAAAGACGAUUUAAAAGAAAAAAAGGAGGACCUUAAAGAUGUUCUGAAAGAGAAAAAGGAAGAUCUCAAAGAUGAUUUAAAAGAGAAAAAGGAUGAACUUAAAGAUGUUCUGAAAGAAAAAAAGGAGGCUCUUGAUGACAUAAAGAGUGAUUUGAAAGAUAAAAAGGAAGAUUCCAAGGAGGAGGAGGAGAAAAAAGAAGGAGAUCCUAAGGUAAUAACCUUUUAAUCAACGUCCCCAAUCUGAGCUAUCAAUAGAUAAUUUUUAAAUAACUGUUUAUUUUAUGUCCAUGAUUCAUUUCAAUGUCCACAAUAUCAUUUCAACACAACACUUUACAAAAUCAUUUAGGAGGGCUAAAACAUAAGACAACAAGUUUAGAUACACAAUGCAACUAAUAAUACUAUUUAUAAUAAUAGGUGGGACCUGAGUUAGUUUGAUCAUGCUUUAUUUUGUUUGUUCUAGCCCUCCUCGGGAUAGGUGCUGGAAAGGAAGCCAAAAAAAAGUCGAAAGGCGAAGCCCUGGAUUUCUGAAUCAAUUAAAUUCAAUUUAAUGUACAUUGGUUGGUUUAUCAAUAAAUUCAAUUCAAACUA